AUGGCCAAAUCGGACGACAUCUUGCUCAAGGGCGAGCCUUUUGAGGAUGCGUCGCCAGCACCAUCUCGAGACGCUUCGGCAUACAACCCACUACAUGACUUUGUACUACCACCGGGUACCGAGCGACACUACUCACAACAGUUCGCCGACAUGUACUUCUUACGGCUACAGCAACUGAAGAAGACGGUGAAGCAAAGGGCCGAGGAUGCAUGGCACGAUUUCGAGCUAGGUGGACAGACGGCGUCGUUUGUCGAGCGUGUGCUGGAUGUGCGACAAGGCGAGCUUUGCUGGGUAGUGGGGACGGUAUACAUGGAAAUGGCAGAGAAGCCCAAUGUGUUGAACGACAUUGAAAAAGAUCACUGGAUAGCGGACCCUCCCCAGCGCGACACCUACGUAUCUUCCACCGGCGCCGAUGAGAUGAUGCUCGAAGACGAAUCCGGUCGUCUACGCGUUACCGGCGAGCCUUUGCGCCAACAUUUUGUCACCGGAUGCAUACUGGCGGCACUGGGCACCGAAGAAGCAGACGGCACAUUCAUGGUCAUUGCAACCCAAUGCGCAGAUCUACCGAGACAACCGCCACGAUGGGAACGUGACGAUGUAGUGCUAUCAAAGGAGAAGAAGAAGGCACCAAAGCGCGAGAGAGCUGGAAAACUUGCCAUCGUCUCUGGUCUUGAGCUGACAGGUGCAGACGAUGAUGAGGUCUCGCUGGACCUGCUGGUGGAAUACCUGACUGGCGAAGCUGCGGACCCAGCAACCCAAGCCGAAUCUUCCAAGAUAACACGACUUGUUAUAGCUGGUGGUUCACUCGCAAAGGGAUCUCCAAUUCUGUCGCGAGAAGACUUUGCUGCGAAGAAGAGUGCAGCGAGACACUACGGAUACGACGCUUCGUCUUAUAACGCAGCACCUACUACACGCCUCGAUGAGUUCCUCUGCGAAAUCCUUCCCUCGCUCCCCAUCACCAUGCUGCCUGGUGCAUCGGACCCCUCAAAUGUCGCUCUGCCACAACAACCUCUCCACCCCGCUCUGUUCCCCAAGACACGCCUCUACGCCGAACCGCCGAUAGAAACUAAUACAACCCUGAACGGCUUUGACGCAGUGACAAACCCUUGGUUAGGCGAUAUCGACGGGUACCGCGUGCUAGGCACAGGUGGUCAGACAGUCAAGGACCUACUCAAAUACGUCAACCGUGUCAAAUCGAUAGACGCCAUGGAGAUGAUGUUGCGCUGGCGUUGCGUAGCACCCACAGCUCCAGACACACUGUGGUGCUACCCAUUCCAGGACGACGACCCAUUGAUGUUGAAAGAGUGUCCGCACAUGUACAUUGCUGGCUGCCAAAAAAAGUUUGAGAAGAAGGUCAUUGAAGGUCCUGCGGGACAAAAAGUAUUACUCAUCAGCGUACCCAAGUUUAGAACUUCGGGCAAGAUUGUGCUGGUUGAUAUGGAGAGCUGGGACGUGGAAGUCGUCAGAUUGGGGGCCAAAGGAGAAAAAGCUACGAAACAACGAAUCGUGGUGAGUGGAGAGGACAUGAUGGAGGAGUAA